GUUUGGUAUUGACUAAUAAGUAAACUAUAGAAAGAUGUCUAGCCCUGAUGAAAGAAAACUGACCAUCAGUGGGGUCAAGGUGAUAUUUCCAUGCAAACCUUAUCCCUCUCAGUUUGGUAUGAUGGAUAGAGUGAUCAAGGGAUUGGAGAGAAAACAGAACAGUUUAUUGGAGAGCCCAACAGGAAGUGGUAAAAGUCUAGCUCUGCUGUGUUCAGCAUUGGCCUGGCAGGUAGCACAGAAUGAGAAAAUAACCAAGGAAAAUAUGAAUGCUGAUUCAGUUGGCUGUAGUAAACCAUGCCAGUGUCGUGCCUCUGAUGCUGGGAGAUCUACAGAAUAUUCACCCGAGUCCAAAUCUGGCUACACAAAUAAAGCCGAAGGUGGCAAAGUUAUAGAUGUUAGUGAUGAGGAGAUGAAUGGACAAGGAGAUGAUGAUAAUGAUGAUGAUGAUUUUAAACCUUCAGCUAAGAUAAGAACACCAAUCAUAGGACAGGGUAAAGGAAAGAAGCGGAGACAUCUAGGUAUACAGUACGAGGAUGAACCAGACUGUUGUACCGAUAAUCCACCUGUAAAAUGUACCUGUAAUACAAGUGGCCCAACUGAGGCAAUGAAAAAACAAAAGUUACCAAAGAUAUAUUUUGGCACACGGACACACAAACAGAUUGCUCAGAUAACCAGAGAGUUAAAAAAGACUGCCUACCAUGAUGCUAGAAUGGUUAUAUUAGCCAGUAGGGAGUAUACAUGUAUACAUCCAGAGGUGACCAUACAAAAGAACAAGAGUGAGGGAUGUAGAGAAAGGCUUGAUAUUCAUGGUCAAGGAUGUAAGUUCAAUGACAAGUCAAAGAGAGUGUUUCUAUCACAGAGACAGUUACAGGACGAACUACCUACAGCCUGGGAUCUUGAGGACUUGGUGUCAUCUUGUACCAAAAAGAAGGCAUGCCCUUAUUUUGUGACGAGGAAUCUCAAAGAAGGCGCUGAUAUUAUAUUUUGUCCUUACAACUACCUCAUUGAUCCACUUGUUAGAAAAAGUAUGGAUAUAACAUUGAAGGAUCAGAUAGUGAUAUUAGACGAGGCUCACAAUAUAGAGGACUGUGCGAGGGAUGCGGCUAGCGGUAGUGUAACCACUGACCAGAUCACACAGUCUAUAUUAAAUCUACAGCAACUUAUGGAGCACAACAUCAAGUAUGUAGAGCAUCUUAAACUAAGGAACAUGUUGGAGAGCUUGUUAAACUUCAUAGAGGGAAACAACUCCAACUUGGAUCAGUCGGAUUACGAUACCUCGUACAAAGUUUGGUCAGGAUUUGACAUUGUUGUACGGUUAAAGGGAAUAGGUCUUGGACCUGACAGUUUCCAGGAAUAUCAGAGAUGUUUUGAGCAAGCUGUAGCCCAGAAUGAUGAUGAGGCUAUAGCAGUUAGAGACAGGAGAAACAAGGAGGUAAAGAUGAGCAGUAAUACACAGAAAAUACUGGAACAACUCUUCCAGAUCCUAGAUUAUAUGUACAGAGAUGAUCUCAAAUUUGUUGAGGAUUACAGGGUAGCUAUUAUGAAGUCAAUGCAGUAUGUUUCAAACAGGGACACAGGUGACAGAUGGCUUGGAAAAAAUAGGAGAGGUGGAUCAAGGAUAGUUGUGUUCACAUUGAACUUCUGGUGUAUGAACCCUGCUGUGGCAUUUUCAGACUUCAGUAGCUGUAGAAAUGUUGUGUUAAGCAGUGGUACCCUAUCACCAAUGUCUUCUUUUGCCUCGGAACUCGGUACCCCGUUCCCUAUACAGCUAGAAGCUAACCAUAUUAUAGAGGAUAAACAGGUAUUUGUAGGAGCUAUAGGUGUUGGACCUUCUGGUAACCAGUUACAAGCUGUAUACAGAAACAUGGAAACGUUUACCUUCCAAGAUGAACUGGGAAAUUUAAUUCAUCAAGUUUGCACUAAAGUUCCACAUGGCGUCUUGUGUUUCCUACCGUCCUACAGAGCACUGGAGAAAUUUAUAGAUAGGUGGAGGCUUACAGGAUUAUGGAAUAAGUUGUCAACUCGUAAACGUGUAAUGGUAGAACCUAGAGCAGCUGAUAGGGAAGAUUUUGAUGGCAUGAUGAAAGCAUUCUAUGAGGUUGUCAAGGGAGAUCUAUAUAAUCCUUAUCUGGAUGAAGCUGAGUGUAAUGAUGAUGACUCGGAGAUAGAUGGCGCUCUAUUCUUUGCUGUAUGCCGCGGUAAAGUUAGCGAGGGGAUGGAUUUUGCUGAUGACAAUGCCAGAGCUGUCAUUACAGUUGGUAUACCUUAUCCUAGCUUUAAAGAUGUCCAGGUGAAACUAAAGAGAGAAUACAACGACAAACAUAAGAUUGAUAGAGGACUGCUAAGUGGAGGUGACUGGUAUGAAAUCCAGGCAUUUAGGGCAUUAAACCAGGCUCUAGGAAGGUGUAUAAGACACAGAAAAGACUGGGGAGCCUUGAUCAUUGUUGAUGAUAGAUUUGUUAAAAGAACAGAAAAAUAUUGCAAGAGUUUGUCAAGAUGGGUAAGAUCAAAGGUACAGACAUUUGAUGUGUUCUCUGACUUUCUCACAUCCAUGUCAAACUUUACUGAGAAAAUGAUCAAAGAAAUGCCCAAAGUGAGUCCAGACACAUCAUUUAUUCCCAGUACACCAUGUGAUGACAGAAGAGAUUCUGUUUAUAAGAGACAUUCACUAGAUAAUUCAUACUUAAAUAGUACAAUACAGGCUUCACCUUAUUUCACAAGUCCACCAUUGAGUCAGUCUCCAGAUUUGCAAAAUCUAUUUAGAACUCCUGAAACCUCAAGCAAGAGAAGAUCAUUAACUAGCCCAGCUGUUCCAGUAUUUCCUGGAGUUACUUCCCCUACAAUACAGCAACAGGUGCUUACAGGAGUAACCUCCCUUAAUAUACAGCAGCAGAUUCUGAAUGUGAUUAAUUCAGGGACAGGACCAAAAGAUCAGCCAUAUUACAUUAUUGUAAACAAGGGACGCAAUCAGCAGAUGCCCGCCCAGAUGCUAUCAAUGGUUCCUCCAAUUGUACCCUUAACACAAGCUGCAGGUCAACAAGUGGUAUUGAACAUGCCUGGAACCGGUCAGCAUCAAACUGUUUUACUGACAAUGCCCCAACUUCCAGUGCAGGGAACCAACUUGCCACAGUCUGCCACUAUUCCGGGAACCAGUCUAAAAUCUAAUUUCAGGGGAGGUAAUCAGCUGGACAAAACAAAUUCAACAGAUGGCAUAAAAUCAGAAAAUGUGUCUAAAGAAGAAAAGAAAGCAGAUAUAGUGUUCACUCUUGGGUCAAGCACACUUAGUGCAGAAGAACAACUGAAGAAAUUUGUUAGUUCAAGUCAAGCUCCAAGAAAUCAGGCCUAUUAUGUUGUUGUUAAUAAAGGGGAAACAAAUGAGAGGGCAUUCUUUAUUGAACCAAACAAAAAAGGAAAAUCUAAACCUAACACAGAAAAGAAAAUUGAAGCAGAGAAAACUGAUGACAGUCUAGUUAAAACACUAGAUACAGUCAAAACAGAGGAGGACAAAAAACCAGUCAAGGUAGAACAGGAAGUGGUAGUGCCUGAUUCUUCUACAGGAGAUCCAGAACCUCAGAACAAGUUCCUAAAAUUUUGCCAGCUUCCAAAAACCCCAGCUAAAGUCCCUGUGGCAGCUGUUACACCUCAGAGACAAACUGACCAGGAAAUCAAAACAGAAACUGUUGACUCUGUGAAAAAUAGAACCAGGUAG